UAAAAAUCUGCCCUUUCCCUCCCAUCUUGGCUCUCCUGUCCUACCCCAGAAUAGUUCCCACCCAAACAUGGCCAAAUAUCAUAUUGUCUAUUGGGAUGUAUCAUAAAUUCAGGAACUCGGUUUCACACUUGCUACCUAAGCAUUGACCCACCAAAUAAGACUCUCCGUUUCCUUUGAUAGCGAGCAAUGGCAGAUCCAGCACUUCACCACCAAACCCAACCCAUCAAAGAAAUUGCCAUAGACUACACCCCGGAGGCCUGCACUCACUGCCCUGUCUCCAACUCAAUCACACUCACCUUUGAUCACCGAGGAGGUGCCAGGUGGCGUUCCACCACUCGAUUCCUCUAUGGCACUUUCAGUUCUCUCAUCCAAUGCCCCAAAGGGAACCCCAGUGGUCUAAACUUCAAUAUCUACCUUUCCUCCCUCGAAGGAGACAAAUCCCAAGACGAGAUAGACUUCGAGUUCCUCGGCAAAGACAAAACUAUAGUCCAAACCAACUACUACACUACAGGAACUGGGAAUAGAGAGCAAAUUCAUGAUCUGGGUUUUGAUUGCUCUGAUGGGUUCCAUGAAUACACUAUGAAGUGGAAUCCGGAUUCUAUAGAGUGGUUGAUUGAUGGGAAGGUGGUGAGGAGAGCAGAAAAGAAGGAAGGUGAGGCAUUUCCUGAGAAACCUAUGUUUUUGUAUGCUUCAGUUUGGGAUGCAAGCUACAUUGCUGAAGGGAGAUGGACUGGGCCAUACAUUGGUUGUGAUGCACCCUAUGUUUGCCUCUAUAAGGAUAUUCAGGUGCCUUUUGCCACAGCUGUGGAGUGUUCUUCUGAUUCAUAACCUGGCUUCCUGCUUAUGGUGAGUUGGGUGUUUUAAGUGACUUUUGUUUUUGCACUUUUGAAUUGAAGUAUCAAUCCUCAAAUUGUGAUUUAAUAAAAUCUAUCCUGUUUUGAUGGGGGUGUAAGUUGUACUUUGUACUCUAUUUGGCUGUUGAUAAUAAAUCCCCUUUGGCUUCACACACAGCAUUCAGCAAUGUCA